UUAGCAUUUAGUUAAAUUUAAAGUCACUGUUCUUUUCUAUCACAUCCUAUUUAGGCUCAGGUUGCUGACUGACCAGAAAACUAGAUUCACCUUUAAGGAGCCAAUGAACAAUCGACCCGCAGUGAGCAAAUUUACCUUGCUGAUUUGCAUGUUGAUGAGGAUAAUGGCUCACUGAAUUUCGUCUUAUCAAUUUUGAAGUUUGUAUUAUUGUAGAUCGGACCUUCCGAACAUGGUUUUGCAUGUACUUUGUACUCUUCAUUAGGAAUGCAGUGGCUCUCUUUAUUCUCCACCUACCAGUGAAGAGUUUUCAUUUUAAAAGAGAUAAAGACAGUCCAUUGGAGACAGUGAAGAAACCAGCUACAGAAAAGGGAGGGUUUUUUUUUCUCCUGAAUUUCUUUCUUGUGAUACUGUCCUACCCAGGUCAGUCCAAAGAACACUUCACAAAGAAGAAAGAAGACAAUUUAAACUUUUUAGGAAACAUGAAUAUCAUGGUCUAUUGCUGGUCCUGGUUUGGAACCUUGCUGAUCUCACUGAUGUGUCUGAUCUUAAGAUCACAAGCCGGAGUGGUGGACGACUUCUCCCAGGUAGAACGCUGUAAGGAUUUCCUUUAUUUGGGCACUCCACCACGAGGUUACCUCAGUACUUCCCUAAAAAAGAUCUGCCAGCGCUAUGUGGACAAGCCUCGCUUUGUGACCCUCUACGACCCCAAAAAACACAUCCCCAUCUACUCAGCAUACACCUUCAAGAAAUCAGAUGGGGAGAAAUGGGUGGACAUUCCCUGGAUGUUUGAACCACAGCUGGCAAGUGAGAAAGGAAGCAGUAACAUGGAACCGUUUCCCCAGUCUUCCUUAAUGCACAAAAAUUUUGAAGACACGCAGGCUGUGCUAGAAGACUACGCCGAUGUGGUGCAGUAUGAACGCAGCCAAAUGAACCCAGAUGAGCAUCAGGCAGACCCGCUGGACAAAGCUGCCACCUACACACUGACCAAUGUAGUUCCCCUGAUAAGGGAGUUCAAUUUUGGUCCCUGGAGCACACAGGUAGAAGUUACCCGCAAACGGCUUAACAACUAUUGUCACGGAAAGGCUUAUGUGAUCACUGGUGUGACAACAUCAGGUAAUAUGAUUCGACGUGAUAACCAAGAUCGUGUUGCCAUCCCAGAAUUCGUGUGGACAGCCUAUUGCUGCACAGAUUACGAUCACAACGCUCCCUACUCCGAGAGGUACAAGUUUCCGGCGUUUGCCGCCUACGGUCUUAAUGAUCGUGUGAACAACCACAUGGUUGAGGUUCCCAUCAAGAAUCUGGAGAAGUUUCUCAAGGGCAAAAUGGAGGUGGACAAUAACUUCCAGAUCUUUUACAGUGAUUGUGUGUCAGAAGUGUAAAGAUUAGAGUUGGAUAGUGCCCCAAUCCAAAGGGUUCAUCAUCAGAGUUGCAGAUAUUACAUUAAGAUAAAUAUGAAGACAUUUGCAUUGCAUUUGUAAUGAAUGGUAAAAUUUAAUGUUUUAAUUCAUUGAAUUAAAUGGAUAGUUCACCCAAAAAUA